AUGAUCAGAAGUCCAAGCAACCCAAUCGGACAAUGUUGGGUAUUGAAUGUUGCAAAUGCUUCAACAGUCUUUGUCUUAGGGCUAUUGGUAUGGAUCACUGCCAUCAAGCUGUUAAGAAGUCUUAAUGAGGGAAAGUCAAAAGAUCAGACGGUUUAUGCCAGAGCUCCUUGGGUGCCUGAAUUCAAUGUUUCAAGAAAUGAAGCAAUCAAAGUGUCAACCGUCUUAUAUUGUCACACUAAAAUCUGGCCAAUCAUCAUUGAUGCUUCUGGUAACGUGUUUCAGAUGGCUGUGACGAUCACGUCCUGCAAUGGUGGGAAUGCAAGGGUCAAGCCAAUAUGCAAAAUGUUUUCUAAAGACACUGAAGAACAUAUUCUGAGAGGUGGAGCAGAGACCAAUCAUUAUCAGAUUCAAGACGGAAAAAAUCCGGUCAAAGGAAAGUUGGGUAAUAUGUGCUAUUCCAUGUAA